AUGGCUGUAAAAACCAAUUUUUCUCGAUUCCGUAACGAGAAUCCAUUUACUGAUCCACUUCAUAUUACUGCAUUAAUAUUAGCAAGAGGAGGUUCUAAAGGAAUUCCAUUAAAAAAUUUAGCAAAAUUCAGCAACAGUUCACUAAUAAGUAACGCAUUGCAACAUAUUAAAGAAGUACGAAAUUUUAAUUCAAUUUGGGUUUCAACAGAUAAUAAUUUAAUUGCUUCUGAAGUUAAUAAACUUAAAACACAAGUCCAUUGGCGAUCUGAAUAUACAGCCACAGACGAAGCAAGUUCAUUAAUUGCCGUUCAAGAAUUUAUUCGUUACCAUCCAGAAAUCGAUGUUGUUGGGUUAAUUCAAUGUACUUCACCGUUUAUUAAAAAACAAUAUUUAAUUGAGGCGAUUCAUCAAUUUUAUGGAAAUCCAAAAUUAGAAUGUGUUUUUUCUGUUACAAGAUGUGGAAUAGUGGAAAUCAAUGAAAUUGACAGUUUUGAAAUUGAUACAGAUUGGGAUUUAAAACUGGCAAAUUUAAUUUAUAAUUUAAUUUAA